AUGUACUGGGUUAGACAGGCUCCAGGGAAAGGACUGGAAUUGUUGGCAAGCAUAAGUACAGGUUCAUCUCCUUCCACUUCCUACUCAAACAAAGUCAAGGGCCGCUUCACCAUCUCCAGGGAUGAUUCCCGCAGCCAGCUGUAUUUGCAAAUGAACAAUCUCAAACUGGAGGACAAAGCUGCCUAUUACUGCUCAACUUGCACAGUGAGAGGCAGAGUCCAAUCUCAGGUCCAGUUGGUGGAGUCAGGAGGGGAUGUGAGAAGACUUGGAGAGUCCCUCCGUAUCUCCUGCGAAACAUCUGGAUUCAUCUUCAGCAACCAUUACAUGUACUGGGUUAGAAAGGCUCCAGGGAAAGGAUUGGAAUUGUUGGCCAGCAUAAGUACAAGCUCAUCUCCUUCCAAUUACUACCCAGGUAAAGUCAAGGGCCGCUUCACCAUCUCCAGGGAUGAUUCCCGCAGCCAGCUGUAUCUGCAAAUGAACAAUCUCAAACUGGAGGACACAGCUGCCUAUUACUGCUCAACUUGCACAGUGAGAGGAAGUAAAGUCAAGGGCCGCUUCACCCUCUCCAGGGAUGAUUCCCGCAGCCAGCUGUAUCUGCAAAUGAACAAUCUCAAACUGGAGGACACAACUGACUAUUACUGCUCAACUUGCACAGUGAGAAGAAGUGAAUCUGACGCUGAGCAAAAACCUUCUCAGAGCAGCUCUGAAAAUUGA